GCCUUGGGGAGGACGCGCGCACCGGGAGUCACUUGUCAGCGCUCUACUGAGGCGGAGGCAUCGCGGUGCCGGUCCGGAGUUUCUUGCAUUUUCUGGCCUUGGACUUUGAGCCAUUAGAACCAUGAGCAACUACAGUGUGUCCUUGGUUGGCCCAGCUCCUUGGGGUUUCCGGCUGCAAGGUGGCAAGGAUUUCAACAUGCCUCUGACAAUCUCUAGUCUAAAAGAUGGCGGCAAGGCCUUCCAGGCCAAUGUAAGAAUAGGCGAUGUGGUCCUCAGCAUUGAUGGAAUAAGCGCCCAUGGAAUGACUCAUCUCGAGGCCCAGAACAAGAUUAAAGGUUGUACCGGCUCUUUGAAUAUGACUCUGCAAAGAGCAUCUGCAACACCCAAGCCUGAACCAGCUUCUGUUCCAAAGGGAGAACCUAAAGAAGUAGUUAAACCUGUGCCCAUUACAUCUCCUGCUGUGUCCAAAGUCACUUCCACAACCAACAUGGCCUACAAUAAGGCACCACGGCCCUUUGGUUCUGUGUCUUCACCAAAAGUCACAUCCAUCCCAUCACCAUCGUCUGCCUUCACCCCAGCUCAUGCAAUCACUUCAUCACAUGCUUCUCCUCCACCUGUGACUGCUGUCACUCCUCCCCCAUUCUCUGCAUCUGGACUGCAUGUUAACGCCAAUCUUAGUGCUGACCAGUGUUCAUCUGCACUGAGCACUGGUAAAACUGCAGUUAAUGUCCCACGGCAGCCCACAGUCACCAGCGUGUGUUCCGAGACUGCUCACGAGCUAGCAGAGGGACAGAGAAGAGGAUCCCAGGGUGACAUUAAGCAACAAAAUGGGCCACCAAGAAAACACAUUGUGGAGCGUAAUACAGAGUUUUAUCACAUACCCACUCAUAGUGAUGCCAGCAAGAAGAGACUGAUUGAGGAUACUGAAGACUGGCGCCCAAGGACUGGAACAACUCAGUCUCGUUCUUUCCGAAUCCUUGCCCAGAUCACUGGGACUGAACAUAUGAAAGAAUCUGAAGCUGAUAAUGCAAAGAAGGCAAAUAAUUCUCAGGAGCCUUCUCAGCAAUUGGCUUCAUCAGCAGCUUCAACUCGGAGCAUGCCGGAGACUCUGGAAAGCCCAAGCUCCAGCAGGCCAGGGGUGGCCAGCCUCACAACUGCUGCUGCCUUCAAGCCCGUAGGAUCCACCAGUGUCAUCAAGUCACCAAGCUGGCAACGGCCAAACCAAGCAGCACCUUCCAUUGGAAGAAUCUCAAACAGUGGGACUCCCUCAGGAGCAGGAGCACCAGCCAACUCCACUGUGGGGCAGCCCCAGCCAAGUGACCAGGAUACUUUAGUGCAGAGAGCUGAGCACAUUCCUGCUGGGAAAAGAACUCCAAUGUGUGCCCACUGUAAUCAGGUCAUCAGGGGACCAUUCCUAGUAGCACUGGGGAAAUCUUGGCACCCAGAAGAAUUUAACUGCGCUCACUGCAAAAAUACGAUGGCCUACAUUGGAUUUGUAGAGGAGAAGGGAGCACUGUAUUGUGAGCUCUGCUAUGAGAAAUUCUUUGCUCCAGAAUGUGGUCGAUGCCAAAGGAAGAUCCUUGGAGAAGUUAUCAAUGCUUUGAAGCAAACUUGGCAUGUUUCCUGUUUUGUGUGUGUGGCCUGUGGAAAACCCAUUCGUAAUAAUGUUUUUCACUUGGAGGAUGGGGAGCCCUAUUGUGAGACUGAUUAUUAUGCCCUUUUUGGUACUAUAUGCCGUGGAUGUGAAUUUCCCAUAGAAGCUGGUGACAUGUUCCUGGAAGCUCUGGGCUAUACCUGGCAUGACACUUGCUUUGUAUGCUCAGUCUGUUGUGAAAGUUUGGAAGGUCAGACAUUUUUCUCCAAAAAGGACAAGCCACUUUGCAAGAAACAUGCACAUUCUGUGAAUUUUUGAAAGUCAACAGUUCAGGGAAAGAGAAGAAAUCGAAAAGAAAGAAGAGAAUUGAAAUUACCAAUUAAUCUUUAGAUUCAAUAUUUAUUUGGAGUUUUGAAAAAUAAUAGUGUCCCUGAAGGGAUAAAUUUCAGCAUUAAAAAUAUUUGGCUUCAUAAAGUAAAGAGAUAGUUUGACAUUUGUUAUUACUUUUUCCUGUAUUUUAUGCCCAUAAAAUAACCUUUAUAAAAAUCAAUUUCCUGGUUGACUAUAUCUUUGAGUAAAUUAGCAAAGAAUUAAAUUUUAGAUUAAUAACUCCAAUCUCUAUGCUGAAAUAAUUAUACUUUUCUUUCCUUGCUAGGUAGUUAUGAGUAAACUGUAAAAUGCAAUGAAAAUGCCUAAAAGUUUAUUAAUAAGAGAAUUGUUCUUUUGAAAAAUCUACUGUUUAUCUUUAAAACAGUGAAUGAGAGUUUAAACAGAACUUUUAUCAGUAGGAGAUGUCAGUUUAAAAAAAAAAAAGUGUACUUUUUGUUGUUUGUUUAUUCUUAGACAGUUGAUCAUUCCAGUCGGAAAAGCCAAUGAUAUUUUGGAUCAAAAUGUGUCAAGCCUUUCUUCUCUUACCCCCCUCCAAAAAGCUGCCAUAUCUCUUAUAAAAUCUCAAAUUUUUGCCUUGUAUUAAAAUGUGACUAUUUCUACUCAUUGUGUAUGCUUCAUCACCUGUAUUAGCCAAACCCUGCUGUUUCCCUUCCCUCGUAGUGAGAUAAAGAACAUAGUUUUCUUUAAAGAGAAAACAGAAAAGACUAUGGUUAGGAAUUAUGGCAGCUGAGAGGAUCGGACCUAAAAAAGCAAACAAAAAAGCACUACUGCCCCCUUUUCAGAGUUGUACCACUGACUGAAGUUUUGAGAGCUGUCUUUGCAGAAGUUUAUGUUUUGUUUUGUUUAAUUUUAACUUAGAAUUGGCUUGGGAUAAUAGUAAGCUCUAGAUUUUUUUUUCGUAGUUUUCUCUCAAUAAUAAGCAAACCACUUCAAAUGUGAUCACAAAAAGUGGAAAGCUUUUAUUCACAGAGAUUUGGUAGUAUAGGAGAGGGAGGUGAUUAAUUACUCAGAUUGACCUAUUUGUUUUCCUCAUUUGUGCAAAGAAUCGUGUAGAUACCACAUGGAAACAUAGAAACAAUUGUAAAACUGUGGAUCCUGUUGAUAUUUGCCCAGUGAGAAAACAGAUUAUGGCAUUUGAUAGUUUUUCUCUUUGUUUCUAGAAUGGAUGAAAGCCUAUGAACCCACUGAGUUAUAAUUUAAAUCUGUGUGAGGCAAGGUGCUUUUAAAGUCCAGACAGAGUCCCCAAGCCCUUCCUGCCCCAUCACUCACUAAUGACUUCAAUUCCAUUGUGUGUAUGUUUGUUAUAGAGGAGGUUUUAGGCUACACUAUUUGUUUAACCUCCCUAAGAACUUUCAAGGCAUCUGUCCUGAAAGCUGCUAAUACAUGGUCUAGCAGAUUUAUAUUAUAUGCAGAUAAUAAUUAACUGGGGAUAAAAGAAUAGGAGGGGGUGACACAAAGUGGCAAGCUGAAUACUUCCCCAGUAGCAACUCCAAACUACCUCCUCACCCUGCAUCUUGUAGGGAAGGGGAAGCUUCUUUUGAGAUGAAGUGCUGGAGCUGAAUUGUGCAUUAGAUCUCAUUGCUGCUGAAGUUGCCUAUGGGCAACUUGCUGGCUAAUGUGCAUCCUUACAUAUCUUAAUGUCAGUCUUUGCUUUAUACAAUACAAAGUUGGUUGUUUUGUUUGGUAUGAUGGAGUAUUUUUGUUGUUUAGUUUUGCCUUUAUAGAUUGAAUGCCAAGAUAGUAUUUUAUAAGUGAAAGGCAUUGGGUUUUUUUCUUUAAAGAAUUUUAUUUGACCUGGAUUUCUUAUAAAGCUGUCUUUCUCUAAGGGUAUCAUUAGACUUUUCUACAUAUAUUCUUCAUGGAGCAUAAUGUUCAUGUCUCCAAAUUUUAAUGCCUAAAAAGAUAGUUUGCUUUCUUUUUUUUUUUUUUUGUGCUCUGUCUCUGGUGUUACAGAGCUUUUUAUAUGUUCCUAAGACAGUUAAUCCUGUGAAAUAAAUAUUGCCCAAAACCCAGAAGAAUCUCUGUGUUUUACAGUGGGGAAUGCCAUGUUUAAUUCACCAGCAUUAAUUUUCUAAUAACUGGCUGAGCACUUUAUUCUUCUGGUGAGCUUUCUGAAUAUUUAUUUUUCUGAUUAUAAAUAUUCUGUGUCAGUAGCAUUUUUAUUAUUACUUCUUCACUGUAGAGCAUUGACUUUUCAUCUCCCUAGAUGUAUAUUUUGAAAUGAUAUACUUGGUAAAACACAGAUGAAAAUCAUAUAGUACAUGACUCUAAAAACUCCUCUACUUGAAUCUCCCACUUUAAAAUUUUAGUAAUGGCUUAAGAUUCAUAAUAUUUCUCUAAACUUGCAAGGGAUAAAUAUUGCCCACUGAAAUAGCAAUCUAAAAAUGAUCCCCUCUGCUUUAGGUUAUAGUAACAUAUGUAUUUCCUAUUAAGGUUACAUUUAGAGUUUUGGUUUUUGUUUGUUUUUCAUGUUGUGCUAGGUAUCAAACCUAGAGCCUCACACAUGCUAAGUCAGCACUCUGCCUCUGAGAUACAUCCCCAGCUCUUUUUGUUUUUAUUCUGAGACAGGAUUCUCAUUCAGGCUGUCUUAAACUUGAGGUCUUCCUGCCUCGGCCUCCCAAGUAGUUGGGAUUACAGGUGUGUACAAUAUUUAGAGUUUAGAACUAAAACCUAUUUAUUUGGUCAAGAGUGUUAAAACAAAUAGAACUAACAGUUUAAAUCUGCAAAAUACUAGUGUAGCCUUAUGUUUAAAAUUAUCCACAACAAAAAUGUAUGAUUUUCAAGGAGUAGUAUAUUAGAAGCACUUUCAUAGGAAAUAAUUUCUUCCUUCCCCUUGUUGAGUGUGAAUCCAAAAACAUAUUGAUACUUUGUGGCAUUUGGAGUUUAGUCAUUGAAGGGAAGAGGAAACAUACUGAGUAGUUUUACACAAAUCUAACCUGGCUUCAAUUUGUCUCCCUCACCCCUAAAUGUUGAAAGAUGUCUGAUUUGAAUUCUUUAUGUAUUAAUUAUCUAUUAAUCUCUAUCUUCUGUUUCUUUAAGUUUUAAAGUUUGUAUAUACGUGCUCUUUUGCUUUUGGAUACAUUUUCUAAUUAAAAAAUCACAUGAGAAAUAUAAUCAGUAUAGUAAUACUUUAAUGUGCACAUAUUCAAUAAAUAAAUGCCUUCAACGGUA